AUUUAAAUAAUAAUAAUAAUAAUAAUAAAAUACUACCAAAUGCACCUCAAGCCUAAAUUAUUCGUUCUUGUCAGUAUAGCUUGUGACCUGAGCUCAAUUUAAGGUAUCUAAUGCUUGAGUGCGCUUCUUCUUCCUUUCAAAUGCAUCCAAAUAUGUGGCGACAUGGGUGGCAGUGUUCCACCCCCAGUUGCCUGCUUUACUCAUUACAAAUAAACAACUCAAGAUAUUAUUAACAAAAGGGAGGGGGAAAAAAUCGCAAUACCAAUUGACCGUCAAAAACUUGGAGUCUUCGUGGAUGGGUCCCCAGCUAGGAAUUUCUUACUCGAACAAAAUUUGGAAGGGGAAAGCUAACCCGUGUGGGACACAGCCCACUUGCUUAUAACUCCCAGUAUCAAAUUUGAUCACGCUACAUUCAACUAUUUCUUUCAAUCUCACUCACUCCACUAAAUGUUUCACCUCUUCAGUAGUCUAAAGAACAGCUCAACUCAGGGACAGCUUCACCAGAACAGAACUACAGGGAUGUGGAUGGGGGCAGCUUCAAUGGCAGGUUCAUGGGUAGCAGCUGGUCCAACAAUUGCAAGCUUCAUGUUUGUUUGGGCUAUGAUUCAACAAUAUUGCCCACAAGCAGUUCUUCGUUUCUUCAAGAAAUACUGGCGUAGACUCAUGAACUACUUCCAUCCUUACAUACAGAUCUCAAUCCAUGAAUUUGCUGGUGAACGUCUCAAACGUAGUGAAGCUUUCAUUGCAAUUGAAUCAUAUCUCAGCAAGAAUUCAUCCAACACAGCCAAAAGACUCAAAGCUGAGAUAGGAAAAGACAGCACAAAUUUGGUGUUCAGUAUGGAUGAUCAUGAAAAAGUGACCGAUGAAUUUCAAGGAGUGAAAGUAUGGUGGGUUUUAAACAGAACAGGUUCAUCAACAAAACCCGAUAAUUCGUAUCCUAGUCCUGAUAAGAGAUAUUAUACACUCACUUUCCACAAGAAACACAGAAGUUUAAUUACGGAACCAUAUUUGAAGUACGUGUUGAGUGAAGGGAAAGAAAUUAGAGUAAGAAACAGGCAAAGGAAACUUUUUACCAAUGGUUCUGGUGGAAGAUGGAGUUACAGCCAUACUAUGUGGAGUCACAUAGUGUUUGAGCACCCUGCAACAUUUGACACCCUAGCAAUGGAAGCAGAGAAAAAGCAAGAGAUUAUGGAUGAUUUGCAGACCUUUACAAGCAGUAAGGAUUUUUAUGCUCGAAUUGGGAAGGCUUGGAAACGUGGGUAUCUUCUAUAUGGUCCACCAGGAACAGGGAAAUCAACUAUGAUUGCUGCAAUGGCAAAUCUACUGAAUUACGAUAUUUAUGACUUGGAACUCACUGCCGUGAAAAACAACACAGAGCUUAGGAAACUUUUGAUUGAGACUACUAGCAAAUCGAUAAUCGUGAUUGAGGAUAUUGAUUGCUCGCUUGAUUUAACGGGGCAGAGGAAGAAGAAAGAAGAGAAGUUGAAGGAUGAUGAGAAAGAAAAACCCUCCAAAGAAUCUUCCAAUAAAGAAGAUGAGAGCAGUAGUAAAGUUACUUUGUCCGGAUUGUUGAAUUUCAUUGAUGGAAUAUGGUCAGCUUGUGGUGGGGAAAGGCUUAUUGUUUUCACUACUAAUUAUGUAGAGAAACUUGAUCCAGCACUUAUCAGAACUGGUCGAAUGGAUAAACAUAUUGAGCUUUCUUAUUGUAGUUUUGAGUCAUUUCUAGUGCUGGCGAAGAAUUACUUGAAUCUCGAAACUCAUCCGCUAUUUGAUCAAAUCAAAGAACUGAUUGAAGAUGUCAAUAUCACACCUGCCGAUGUUGCAGAGAACCUCAUGCCCAAGUCUCCAAAAGAUGACCUUGAGAAACGUAUUCACAAAUUGAUUCAAACUUUGCAAGAGGCAAAGGAAGCAGCAAUAGUUGAGGAAUCUCAAGAAGCAAAUACAGCGGAAUCAACCACAACCUAUCUUCAGUCACAAACUGAAGCUCGAACGAGGUGAAGAAGCCAAUCAACGAACAUUUGAAGAAACAAGAAGAAGAGGUGAAAAACAGAGUAACUACUGAAUUUCAUUGUCGGAAUUUGACCGGCGUGUGGCGGAGAGAGGCGGAUCGUUUUCACAAUAAAACACGUGGAGAAGCUUGAUCCGGGGUGGAUUCGAGGGAGUAGAAUGGACAAACACAUUGAGCUUUCAUAGUGCAGCUAUGAACCUUUCAAAGUGUUGGCUAAGAACUACUUGAAUGUUGAAACACGAGCUUUUUUAGGAGAUUAAAGAGCUUAUCAAAGAUGCAGAAAUUACGACGGCGUAUGUUGCAGAGAAUCUCAUGCUGAAAUCACAGCAAGAAGAGGCAAGCACUUCUGUGCUUGAGACUGAAUGUUUUAAUACUUAGUUUGAAGGUUUGUUUACUAACUAUGGAUGUUGUAAUAUUUAAGUUGAAAGACCACUAUAAAUAUUGGAAUUUUAAUUAUGGGUAUAAAACAUUUUAAUUAUAUUUUUGCA